AUGGCAAUAAGUGGCUUGGAGGAGGACAUGGCCAAGUCCCAUGCUCCGUGGGACAGGAGGACAGUCCUGUUUCUGUUCCACAGUCUCCAGCCGGAUGAGGCCAAGCUCCUCGCGCGCUCGCACGAGCGUGUCCUGCGCCCGCGCUCGCCGCGGGGCACGCGUCCGCCCCAGCUGCCCCGGCGACCCCGGCUCUCCCCCGGACGCCUUCCCCCCAGUGGACUGGUGGCUCCCAGAGACAGCCUGCAGACAUCUCUCAUGGCUGUGCCCCAGGUGACCUUCAAGGACGUGGUUAUACGCUUCUCCAGGGAGGAAUGGGCGUAUCUGGACGCAGCCCAGCGCGCCCUCUACCGAGAUGUGAUGCUGGAGAACUUCAGGACCCUGGAAGCACUGGGCUUCUGUAGGCGGCGGCCACACCUCGUCUUGUGUCUGGAGCUCUGGGCAGAGCCGUGGGCAGAGGCAGAGAAGUGCGCAGCACACCUGCUCUUUCCAGCAGGGACCGGGACCCUUCACCACCAGGCGAGAUGCCUCCGCCAGCCGCCGUCUACUGCCAGGAGUGGCCCUGCACUGGCAGGAGUCAGCAAGGCGGCCGCAGGUGGGACAGGCGAGGUUCUGAGCCUGGGCCCUGGGCAGCCGCAGGGGAGCGGUGCAGGCAAGCCUACGUACAUUUGUGACACUUGUGGGAAGGUGCUGAGCAGCCUUGGCCAGCUCGCCACCCAUGAGACGGUGCACACAGGUGCCAAGUCUCUGGAGUGCCGCGUGUGUGGCCAGGCCUUCCGCUGGACGUCCAACCUGCUGCGGCACCAGCAGAACCACACGGACUACAAGCCCUUCCGCUGCGAGCAGUGUGGCCUGGCUUUCCGCCUGCAGGGCCGCCUGACGCAGCACCGCAAGGUGCACUCGGAGCUGCGGCCCUACCUCUGCGGCGCCUGCGGCCAGGCCUUCAAGCAGCGCUCCAACCUGCUGCGCCACCAGCUGGUGCACAGCGGCAAGCGGCCCUUUGCCUGCGGCGUCUGUGGCCAGGCCUUCCGCACCAAGGAGGGCCUGGUGCAGCACGGCCGGCUGCACAGCGGUGAAAAGCCCUACACGUGUGCCGAGUGCGGCAAGGCCUACCGCUUCGCCAAGGGCUUCAGCAUCCAUCAGCGGCUGCACCGUGCUCCACGCCACUUCCCCUGCACCCUCUGCGGGAAGGCCUUCCGCCACCUCGGCUUCUUCAUGCGCCACCAGAGGACCCACGGGGCCCCAGAGGACCCUGGGGCAGCAUUUCCUUCUGGUGGUGGAAGUCCGGCCAUUGGUGUGGGCAGGACGGCAGGACUGGGUGGGAGUGGGCAGAAAUUGAACAGCGAGUCGGAGACCACCGAGCCCAGUGCAGCUGUGGGGCACAGCGGCCACCAGCGUUACUGGUGACGUGAUGGGCGAGCUGUGGGCCGCGGGGCUGCAAAUGUGCCCCUGCCUGCAGGCGGUUCUGGGCGUUGGUGUGUGGGAUGAGAUGGGAGUGAGCAAGAAGCCUUCUGUGGUGGUAGAUGACGUUUUUGGGAUUUGUGGUGAUAAAAUCCUAAUAAAAAGGAGAAAGCCCAGGGAGAACAGUGUGGCUCCUGGCUGGAGCAAGGUGGGCUGUAUUUGAAA